CGGACAGAGUAGUACCAAAAUUUCGUCCGUUAGACCGAAAAUUCCUGGCGUUGACCCAUUCUUGUGUUACGUCAUGUGACCUCAAACAAAGCCAUUUCUGAUUUCCCUGCUUUACUUAUUUUACUUUGUUUCCAUCCUAUUCUCGAUUCUCCUCAAGUUUUCUUCCUAACUCUCAAAUUAAUUGAUCAAAUUGCGCCGAAAUUGAAGAAUUCAAUUGCGAAUUACAAGUGGAACCUUCAAUGUUAACUCACUCAUUUUAACAAAGUUGGUAUUUGGGAUUCUAGCAAUAAAGAUAGAAGUUGAAUAAGUUAAUUAGGGAUGCACAUGAGGUGUUUGAUGAAAUGUUUGGGAGAAAUGUUGUUUCUUGGACUUGUAUCAGUGUAUGCUUGAUGGGUAUGUUUAUUUUGAGAAGUUGAUUAGCGCAGGAAUGGAGUUCGAUGCCAUGCCGAAGAGAAAUCAGGUUUCAUGGAAUGCCAUGACCAUGAAGCAGAAGACUGAGAGGAAGCAGAGAGCUGAAGGAGGAAGAAUGGAAAAUCAAAAGAGAAAGGAAGGAAGCAAAGGAGGGAGAAAGAAUGGAAAACUCAAAAAAGAAGGAACAAUUGACAGUCAAUGCCGGCAAUUUUUGGUCAAAGGGUUGGAAUACAGCAAAGUUGAAUCCUAUGGAUGUUGAUGUUGAGGAAGAUAUUGGAUUUACAGUAAGGACUUCAAGGCAGAAUGACAAUGAGCCUUCUGAAAGAAUUCGACCCUCAAAUAGGCUAACUGGUAAUGACUCUGGAAGGAAGAGAUCAGUUGACAAUGAGCUUCCCGAAACUGGAAGAAUUGGAAGUUCUAGUAGCCUAACUGGUGAUGAUCCAAAAAGGCAGAAAUCCAAUAAUGCUAGCAUUUCAAAUGUUAAUCCUCAUUGGCCUCCCGGAUUUCGAUUUCAGUCGCAGCCUCGACCCGGUUCAGCAAGUGAACCUGCAGUUGAGCCAUCUCAAGGGCUGGGGUAUCAGCAACUCACUUCAAGAAGCCUUAGGCCAACAAUGAACCAUAUAACCAAUCAGGGGUUUUGUAGCUUUCAACCUGUUUCUAGAACUAAUAGUUCAACAAGUGAACCUGCAUUUAAGCCAUCUCAAGAGUUGGAGUAUGAGGUACUUGCUCCUGUUAGGGCCCCUGAUCCAAGAAGCAUGAGGCCAAUUAUCAAUCCAUCUCAAGUAACGGGGUCUCAGCGAGUUUCUAAUAUCAGUAACACUGGUUCAAGUACAAGUCUAAUUCAUUCCGAUAAUGCAGAAGGGCCUUCCGAUAUGGAGUUGUCCUAGUUCCACCUCAGGAAAGAAGACCCCUAAUGGUGAUGAGUCAUUACAGAUGACAUUGUGUAACUCAAUCUCUUGUUGUCUCUCUCUGAUUUCACCUGAAUUUACUUUGCUAUACCAAGCAGGCGUUAUCUGAAUUGUUUUGUCAAGUAGUAUAGAAUAAGGAGUUUUAUUUCGUGAUACGAGAAUAAGAAAACCAGAACGUGGAAUGUUACUCAGUUAGCAUGUAUAGAUAAAGCUAAUAGACUGUUAUUUUUUUCCCUGA